GGGAGACCUCCCGGGUCUGACGUGCGGCGAGGCUGCCGCUAUAAAAUCAUUCCCGUCGUCACCGGGCUCAGAUGACUCUCGACACCAGUGAGGGCGCACGCCUGUUGUCUCUCACGGGUGCGUCAUGCGUCCUGAGAGUAACUCGCCACCUCGGCUGGAGCGCGCCAGGACGCACGGGAUGAGCACCGGGAACGGUGCCGGCAGCGGCUGAGGAACAGCCAGGCUCCCCCAUCCCCUGCACACUCCCCCCGGGCUGGCUGCAUGCCCUCCCCGCUGCGUCCCGGGAAAGUUGCGCUCCAAGUAUGGAUUACCUCACCGCCAGAGGCAACGACAGCAACGCCACCUUUGGGUACCCACCCGGGGCGGAGGUGGUGGCGGACUGGCUGGGCUUGGACCACGACGACCACGACAACAACACCGGCGGUUCCCACUCCUUCCCGUACGUGCAACUGGGCUACCAGAUGGUCACCUCCCUGCUCCUGUGCGCCCUCAUCCUGUGCUCCAUCUUCGGCAACGCGUGCGUGGUGGCGGCCAUCGCCCUGGAGAGGUCCCUCCAGAACGUGGCCAACUAUUUGAUCGGAUCCCUGGCCGUGACGGACCUCAUGGUGUCGGUGCUGGUGCUGCCCAUGGCGGCCCUGUACCAGGUCUUGAACAAGUGGACUCUGGGACAAGGCAUCUGCGACUUGUUCAUCUCUCUGGACGUGUUGUGCUGCACGUCGUCCAUCCUGCACCUGUGCGCCAUCGCCCUGGACCGCUACUGGGCCAUCACGGACCCCAUAGACUACGUCAACAAGCGCACCCCGAGGAGAGCCGCGCUCCUCAUCAGCGUCACCUGGCUGGUGGGCUUCUCCAUCUCCAUCCCGCCCAUGUUGGGCUGGAGGAGCGCCGAGGACCGGGCCGACCCGGACGCCUGCAUCAUCAGCCAGGACCCGGGCUACACCAUCUACUCCACCUUCGGGGCCUUCUACAUCCCCCUCAUCCUCAUGCUGGUCCUCUACGGGCGGAUCUUCAAGGCGGCCCGCUUCCGGAUCCGAAAGACGGUGAAGAGGCCCGAGAAGGGCAAAGGUGAGCGCUGUUUGACUUUGUCCCCCGCGGCGCACCACAAGAAGAGCAACGGGGAGUCGGGCGGCAGGAGGCCGUGCGUCAACGGCGCCGUGCAGUUCGGCGACGAGGCCGAGUCCCUGGAGGUGAUGGAGGCGAGCGGCUCCAAAAGCCACCUGGCCCUGCCCAACACCCCGCAGUCAUCCUCGUGCGAGAACCUCAACGAGAGGAACAGCGGCGCCAAGCGCAAACUGGCGCUGGCCCGAGAGCGCAAGACGGUGAAGACGCUGGGCAUCAUCAUGGGCACGUUCAUCUUCUGCUGGCUGCCCUUCUUCAUCGUGGCGUUGGUCCUGCCCUUCUGCGCCGAGAGCUGCUACAUGCCCGAGUGGCUGGGCGCCGUCAUCAACUGGCUGGGCUACUCCAACUCCCUGCUCAACCCCAUCAUCUACGCCUACUUCAACAAGGACUUCCAAAGUGCUUUCAAGAAAAUUGUCAAGUGCAAAUUCCACAGGCCGUGACCGCACCGUUCAUUAGGUGCUCAAUUCAUUAGCUAUAAAUACAAGAGCUGUAUCAUAGAAACAGAGAGUGACCUCAACUUUGCUAUUAUUAACCAUGUUUAUUACUGUGGUUGUAGUUUUGCAUUGCAUCACAUUGUGUGCGUAAAAAAAACAAAAACAACACAUCAGUCAGCUGCUUAGCUUCUUCCAUCUUGUAGUCAGCAUCAAGGCUGGCACAAAAACUGUAAAAGAAGUUGUUUUUUAAAAUAUGCACUCCAGAGCUCCCCCUGCAGUUGUAAAGUUGAACUCCACACUGUUGUUAAGAGGACUGACACUGUCAAGGGUAAUAUUUCCACUGUAAUCUUUUUAUUCAAUUUAAUAAUUUGGUGUUUAGUAAAUUAUUAUCAAUUAUUUAUGUCAUGCCUUUUUUAUCGUUUGUAUUUAUAUAUAUAUAUUAUUCUGUCAGAGAUGUAUUAAUGUACCAAUCAAUACAAAUUAUAAAAAAAAUUUGCAGUUAAAAUUUCAACUUUAAUUUAUAUAUUUUCUAUUUAUUUUAUACUUUAAAUGCAUUUAUAUAUUUUCUCUUACUUUCUUACCUUUAAUGAAGUUAUUUUAAAUACAAUUGACUUAUUUUUUAUAUCUGUAUUAAUUGUGUUUUUAUUUUAUUGUACUAUAAUUUAAGUUGAUUUCUAUUUAAUGACAAAACAAAAAUUGUGCAAUACCUCACUUUGUAAAGGCAGAAUUAUUAUUAUUUUGUUUCUUUCUUUUGGGCAGGGUGGUGAUACAGCUCUUGUAUUUGUGCAGGUCUACCUAAAAAAGCAGCCCAUGAGCACACAGUGAAGAAGUCGUGCUUGGCCACAUUUUUUGGAGUUACACAAAGGAUACGAGGACAUGUUAUUUGACUGUACAGAGAGCAAAAACAUAGACAUAAAAACGCACAGACUUGAAUUCAGGCUCAGUCUCUGUGCAUCGCUAGGCCUCUGCUGAAAACAAAACAUGGACUCUUCAUAAAUGCGAGCUCACCGUUGAUCCAGUGUUGUGCUCAGUGUGUUCGUUGCCCGUGUGCAAUCACGCCUCGGUGCUGCCACGUGCCUCCCCCCCAUCCAUGCAUUUCUGUCGUGCAGGUCGACAUCACGAGCUUUGUACCACUGAAACAAUAAAAAGCAAUCCGAGUCACUCCUUAUUGAGCUAACUGGAGUCCAUUUUUGUAGUGUGUUGGGGGGAAAUAAGGAGAGCAAUGAGGCGGGCUUGUUAUUAACUUAUUUCUGCUC